AUGCCAAUUCUUCAAUCAGAUAUUAUUGAGAUUCGUAUAAUCAAAGCAACUAAUCUCAUACCUGCCGAUGUGAAUGGACUCUCAGAUCCUUAUGUGAUUGUUUCUUCGGCAUUGAAUUUUUAUGAUCAAAUCAAAACUGCCAUCAUCCACAAUAAUUUAAAUCCAGUGUGGGCCAAUGAUGAAGUUUAUUCUUUCAAAAGUCCUAAAGAAGUAUCAUCGGGAUGGAAUGUUAAAUUCCUAGUUUUUGAUUAUGAUCGUAUGAAGAAGGAUGAUUAUUUGGGUGAAUAUGAAUUGAAUAUUAAUGAUGACAGAUUUAAACCGAAUGGAAACGAGGAGAUUGUGAAUAUGACUUUGGAAAAGGUAAAACAUGGUGUGUUAACAGUUGGAAUUAAAGUAAAGAGAGUAAAUGAUGAGUUGACUAGUCCAUCUCCUCGAUCAAGUCAUCAAAAAGAUUUGGAACAUUACAAAGUUGAUCAUUUUCCACAUCUUUGUUUCAAAGUUCCAAAAAGAUUUAAAUUUGACAUGAUGGAUAAGAAGAAGACUUCAAUUUCAUGUCAUUAUCAAUAUGAUAAUGGAGAUUAUGAUCACAUUACUGUUUCUUACUUGCCAAACAUUUUACAAGAAAUGACUUUUGAAAAGGCUAAAUUUUACAAUAUUCUUAGUUUGAGAAAAACUCAUAAGGAAUAUUCCAAACUCUCUGGAAAUCAACUCAUUGAUGUAGAAGAUGAUGUUGCACAAACUCUUUUCACUUCACAAUUUGCUCAAGUGUUUCGUUGGCAAUGGAUUUUUGUGGAUUAUCCUGAACAGCGUCCAACCAGAGUCUUCUUCUACAUGAUUAAAUCUCAAACUGCCUCAAAGAGUCUUCACACAAUUGUUUAUAAGACAACUAGAGGAUGUAUUAAGAAUGAAGACUCUCCAUUCGAUCAUACUAAAGUAGAUUCCAAAUUGCUGAGCUCUAUUGAAUUGGAAAUUACAGAUCUGAUUAAGAGUUGUGAAAAGGUUGAUAAUAAUUAA